AUGGCUAAUGGGAACAUUACCUACAGAGUGUCCUGCUCGCUCAGUCCCUCUGACCUAACGUGGUGUCAUGUCGUGUCGUUCACAGGGCAGCUGGCAGCCGGCACAUGUGAGAUCGUGACGCUGGACCGGGACAGCAGCCAGCCCCGAAGGACCAUCGCCAGGCAGACCGCCCGCUGCGCUUGCAAGAAGGGCCAGAUCGCCGGGACCACGAGAGCCAGACCAGCAUGCGUGGACGGGCAGGAGCGGCAGCUGGAGCAAUCGCUCAGCGGGUAG